AUGGCUCGCCGAGGGGAUACUCGCUCACCAUCACCUGUAGGCAGCACAUACUCUUCAUCACGACGGCGCCGGGAGAAUGAUCGCUAUGAUGGCCGUCGGGAUGAUGGGCGCAGUUACCGCAGAUCCCGCAGUCCAGAAGUAAGUUGGACUCAUUCUCAACUGACUUUGCGCAGACAAGUAGCUGACCUUGGCAAUUCCCAGCGUCGAUACCGCGGUGGCCGUGGAGACCCCCGUGAUAGAGAUGGAUACCGACGUCGAGAUCGCUCAGUAGACCGCCGCGAUGAAGACAGCUAUCGUCCUCCUCGCAGGGACAGAUCCCGAGACCGUCGCCGUUCCAGAGACAGAAAUGAUGAUCGUGAUUUCCCUCGUGACAGAGAUACCCGGGCUAGGCGAGAUGACUCCCGGAACCGUGACCGCCGAUGGGCCGACGAUUCUGCUGAUAUGAGACCCCAAUCUAGACGGGACGACAGUCGUGACCGUACCUCAAGUCGACGAUCAAUCUCCAAAACCCGAGACGUGAGCUACCCCAUGCAUGCUCCUCCCCGAGCUCCCCGAGGUUCCCUAGGAUGUCAUUUUAAUCGUUUGAAAUUCCAGGAAUCAAAAAUACCCAACCCAGCCCCCACCGGUCCCACUGAUGAUGAGAAAAAGAAGGCCGAGAGACUGGCUAAGCUUGCAGCUUGGAAGGAAAAGCAAGCCGCCGAGCGUGAAAAGAAACAACAACAGCAGUCAACUGGUGAAACAAGGAACAUCCUGGAUGCCAUUGACCGUAAAUCUACCCUCUCGCCAGCUGAUUCUGAGCCUCCAGCUUCAUACCCUGGAAAGUUUGACCCCAAGGCCAUUGCGAAAUCAUCUUCCACAAACUCGGCAACUCCCGCCGUUCUCGGUACCGAUGUGGCUCUGCCGACCUCAGCCAAGCCGUCCUUCAAGACCGGUGCCGCCGCCCACAUUGCACCUCCUGCUAAGCUCUCUGGUCCUCUGAAAGCCAAAGGCAAUGUCAGUGGGUUCGGACUAGGCGCACGCCCGGCCUCAGACGUAGAGAAACAAUCUGCACCCAAGACGUUGGGCUUUGGAGAUGAAGAAUCCACUCGCAAGAAAUUAGCAAAACUCCCAACUCUCCCGUUGGAGGAUUCUCAAGGGCCCGGUGUACCAGGCGACGACGAUGGAGACGACGGCGAUGUUGAAAUGCAGGAUGAAGGAACAGGAGAAGAUGCUGCUGCGGUUGCACGUGCUGCUGAGCGGCGAGAUGAACGGCUGCAAGAGGACACCAAAGACGGAGCACAUGGUCAGACCGAGUCUAACGCCAUGGAAAUCGAUGAGGCUGAAGAGGUUGAUCCUCUUGAUGCCUACAUGUCCGAAUUAGCAGGGGCACCGCCUCCCAAAAAGGCCGUCGGGGCUUCAUUCUCUAAGCGAAAGGCCACCCAGCAACCAGAGGCGAUGUACGGGGACGAUGACGACGUCGAAUUCACUCCGAUUGGAGACGAGGAUGCUGGGGAUGUUCUUGCUUUGGCGGCUGCUAAGAAGAAAAAGCGAGAGAUCCCUGAGGUUGACCAUACCAAACUGCAAUACGAGCCAUUCCGAAAGGAAUUCUACACUGAGCCCUCAGAUCUUGCCCAAAUGACAGAGGAGGAAGUUGCAAACUUGCGUCUUGAACUGGAUGGGAUCAAGCUUCGUGGUUCCGGUGUCCCUGCGCCAGUUCAAAAGUGGUCACAGUGCGGUCUGGGAAUGCAGACACUUGAUGUCAUCACGAAGCUUGGGUAUGAACAUCUCACAUCUAUUCAAGCACAAGCGAUUCCCACGAUCAUGUCCGGUCGGGAUGUUAUCGGUGUGGCAAAGACCGGAUCGGGUAAAACUGCGGCUUUCCUGAUCCCAAUGUUCCGACACAUCAAGGACCAAAGGCCAGUGACUGGCAUGGACGGUCCAAUUAGUUUGAUCUUGGCUCCCACUCGAGAACUGGCUGUCCAGAUUCACAAGGACUGUAAGCCUUAUCUGAAGGCAUUGGGUCUGCGCGCUGUCUGUGCAUAUGGAGGAGCUCCCAUCAAGGACCAGAUUUCCGAAUUGAAGCGGGGAGCGGAAAUCGUCGUAUGCACUGCUGGUCGUAUUAUCGACCUUCUUGCCGCCAAUGGAGGACGAGUUCUUAACUUGCGCCGUAUCACGUAUGUCGUCAUUGACGAGGCCGACCGCAUGUUUGAUAUGGGCUUCGAACCUCAAGUGGUUAAGAUCAUGAACAGCAUCCGACCGGACCGCCAAACUGUCCUCUUCUCGGCCACCUUCCCCAAGAACAUGGAGUCCAUGGCUCGUAAAACACUGAAUUCACCGGUUGAAAUCACGGUCGGAGGCAGGAGUGUUGUCGCGCCCGAGAUCACCCAGCUUGUCGAGGUCCGUAGCCAAGAGUCAAAGUUCUUCCGUUUGCUGGAGUUGUUGGGUGAGCUGUACUCGGAUGACGAUCAUGAGGAUGAUCGCACUUUGAUCUUCGUCAAUCGCCAGGAGGCUGCCGAUGAUCUCCUCAAGGAGUUGAUGCGUAAAGGCUACCCUUGCAUGUCAAUUCAUGGUGGAAAAGACCAGGUCGACCGUGACUCCACGAUUGAAGACUUCAAGGCUGGAAUCUUCCCUGUGUUGGUUGCGACCUCGGUGGCAGCUCGUGGGUUGGAUGUGAAGCAACUGAAACUCGUUGUCAACUAUGAAGCACCAAACCACCUGGAGGACUAUGUUCACCGUGCCGGCCGCACUGGUCGUGCCGGAAAUACUGGAACUGCCGUAACGUUCUUGACUGAAGAUCAAGAUCGGUAUGCGAAUGAUAUUGCAAAGGCUCUUUGGCAGAGUGGCCAAGAGGUUCCUGAGCCUGUUCAGAAGUUAGUUGAUCAGUUCCAAGAAAAGGUCAAAUCAGGUAAAGAGAAGCAAAUGGAUGCCGGUUUCGGUGGAAAGGGUCUUGACCGUCUUGACGACAAGCGCGCAAGUGAGCGCAAGCGUGAGCGAGCAGCUUACAAAACCGGAGAUGGCGAUGACGAAGAAGAGGAGAAGGAGGAAACUAAGGAAGAGGAUACAGAGGAACGCUUCAACAAGGCACUUUCAUCUGUUCAAUCAGCUGGUGCUGCACCUGCUUCAACAUCGCUUCCGGGAGUUCCCAAGGGUAUUGAUCUGGACGGUAAAAUUACGGUCCAUCGUACCGAGAAGGACGCCAGUGGUGGCAAGAAUGCCCUUGACAAGGUUGGAUCAGCCGUGGCUGAUAUCCACGCUCGUCUCAGCCGCGCAGGCGUGAUGAGAUCGGGCGUGCCUAUCGACAAUCGUGGACCUGAUGCAGGAGCCUUCCAUGCGACGAUGGAGAUCAACGAUUUCCCCCAGAAAGCUCGGUGGGCUGUCACCAACCGAACCAACGUGGCCAAGAUCCUGGAAUCUUCCGGAACCUCAAUCACGACAAAGGGCAAUUUCUAUGCAAACGGAAAGGAGCCUGCUGCUGGAGAACUUCCCAAGCUGUACAUCCUGGUGGAGGGCGAGACAGAGAUUUCGGUUACCAACGCUAUGCGCGAGCUUAUGCGUCUACUGAAGGAGGGGACUAUUGCAGCUGCCGACAGCGAGGCUCGUGCUCCUGUGGGUGGUCGUUACAAUGUUGUUUAA